AUGGUACAUGACCUCUACGACAAGCUCCGCGCCGCGAGCACGCUGGUUGCAAGCUGUACUGCAUCUUCCAACACUCUUAGCUCACGACGGUUCUCCUUCAAGUACCUCGGCGUGAAGGGUGACACCACCGCCCGGGACGGCGCCGGCGCCGAAGGCCCCACCCAGACCCAUUACCGUUCCGGCCCACGCCCCGAAUUAAGCGCCGGCGAGGACGCAUACAGUCGGCCACGCCCUGAGUACCCGAAACGAGCUUCCCGCUUCCCGAUUAAGUGA